UAGCGCUGGUGCGUUUCAGUCCGCUCAUCGGAGAAAUUAGAAAAAACAUAAGAGAUAACAUUAUUUAAACUUUAUAAACAGUUUUCGGUUAAAAUGAAUAAAAAUCUGGGUUUUGUGGAGCGCCUACGCUGGCGUCUAAAAACCAUCGAGCAUAAAAUUCAACAAUAUCGCCAGACCUCCAAUGAAUUCGUCAUUGCCGACACUGAAUAUGGCAAAGUACGGGGAGUCAAGAGGUUGUCCCUCUACGACACGCCCUAUUUCAGUUUCGAGGGCAUACCAUAUGCCCAGCCACCCAUAGGUGAGCUGCGAUUCCGAGCACCACAGCGACCAACACCUUGGGAGGGCGUCAGAGACUGCGUUCAGGCUAAAGAUAAAUCGGUUCAGGUGCAUUUCGUGUAUGACAAGGUCGAGGGCUCUGAAGAUUGCCUCUAUUUGAACGUUUACACCAACCAUCUUAAUCCUGCCAAGCCACGACCUGUUUUGGUUUGGAUUCAUGGCGGUGGUUUCAUUAUAGGCGAAGCAAAUCGGGAUUGGUACGGACCGGACUAUUUCAUCAAGGAAGAUGUAGUGCUGGUUACCAUACAAUAUAGACUUGGCGCGAUGGGAUUUCUGAGUUUGAAAGCAUCUGGCUUAAACGUGCCUGGUAAUGCUGGUCUUAAGGAUCAAGUGAUGGCGCUAAAAUGGAUUAAGAACAACUGUGUCAACUUUGGUGGUGAUCCUGACUGCAUUACGGUGUUUGGCGAAAGUGCAGGGGCUGCUUCCACGCAUUACAUGAUGUUGACCGAGCAGACCCAAGGUCUUUUUCAUCGCGGCAUACUACAGUCGGGAAGUGCAAUAGCUUCCUGGGCUUUCAACGGAGAUAUCACACAUCGUGCUUAUAGAAUUGCCCAACUUGCUGGUUACAAAGGCGAUAACAAUGACAAAGAUGUUUUGACGUUUCUGCAGACUGUCAAAGCAAGAGAUCUAAUACGAGUGGAGGAAAAAGUACUUACGCCCAAGGAUCAUGAGGACAAGGUAAUGUUUGCCUUUGGACCAAGUUUGGAGCCAUUCGUAACGCCUGAGUGCGUUAUACCCAAGCAUCCCCGUGAGAUGAUGAGAAAUGCUUGGAGUAAUUCUAUACCCAUGAUGAUUGGAAAUACUUCAAAUGAAGGCCUUCUCUGGCUGCCAGAGAUAACACUUAAGCCACAGGUCGUGCAGCAAUUGGAUGCAGCAACUCCCUUUAUACCAAGUGAGCUACGCUCUGUAGCAAAAGGCGAAGAUCUUGAGAAAUGGGCUCAGCUGAUACGUAAGGCGCAUGUUUCUGGCGAGAGGGCUACGUCAAAUAAUUACAUGGAUCUAUGCACAAUGGCUUACUUUAUCUUUCCUGCACUGCGUGUCUUACGAUCUCGACAUGCUCAUGCUGCUGGCUCACCUGUAUAUUUUUAUCGUUAUGAUUUCGAUUCGGAGGAGUUAAUAUUUCCCUAUCGUAUAAUGCGAUUUGGACGUGGCGUUAAAGGCGUAAGUCAUGCUGACGAUUUAACUUAUCAGUUUACAAGUCUCUUGGCUCGUCGUAUGCCCACGGAGAGUCGCGAAUUUCGGAAUAUUGAGCGCACCGUGGGUAUUUGGACACAUUUUGCGACCACUGGCAAUCCAUAUAGUUCAGAUAUCAAUGGCAUGGAUAUGAUCACCUGGGAUCCAGUGCGAAAAAGCGAUAAGACCAUCAAAUGUUUGAACAUAAGCGACGAUCUUAAAUAUAUUGAACUGCCAGAGUGGUCUAAGUUAAAAUGCUGGGAGAGUCUUUAUAAUAAUAAUAGUGAAUUGUUCUUUUAAUGCAACCUUUGAUAAUACUUUAAGGUAAUAAAUAAAAAACAAAUAGUCUGUUGUAAAUUUGUGACAUCAUAUUUAUUGAAGGUU